AUGAAGAAACCAAUUUUAGACGAGCUGGUGAUGAGUGUCCAAGACGCAUGUGCCAUAGGUUCGGCGACUGAGAAACUUGAUGAGAGGUUGGUGUCUUUUGCAACGGUGACAUAUGUGAUUGAUGCGGAAGACCCGGUGGGUAGAUUGACAGAGGGUAUUGAUGAAGGUUUUGUUAGAGUAAAAAGUGUGGGAUAUUCUUCAUGUGGAAAUUGUGAAGAAUCCAUUGCGUUAGCAGCGGGAAAGGUCACUACAAGAAAAAGGGCUUUUCGUAGCGAGAAGCUGUUGUGCCCUUGCAAAGAAUGUCGAAACUUAAGUCAUCAACGUGGUAACAUUGUUUAUAAACACUUGGUAAUCAAUGGUAUGGAUCCAACAUACGCUACUUGGUUUCAUCAUGGGGAAGAAGUAAACACAAAUGAAGAGUUGGAAAACAUUGACAGGAAUGACAUAUAUAAGUUAUACAAGGCUGCCUAUGGCGAUGAGAGUGAUUAUAUAGAACAAUCGCAAGAACAUAGGUUAGAGGAGUUAAAUGAAAAAAUGAAUGAUUGGUUAGAACCAUUAUAUCCCGGUUGUUCAAAAUACAACAAGUUGUCUGCCGUUGUUGCCUUAUUCAAACAUAAGACCAUGAAUGGAUGGUCUGAUUGUAGUUUUGACGGAUUGCUAGAGUUAUUGCAUGACAUGUUACCUGAACCUAAUAUGUUGAUAAGGUCGACGUAUAAAGUACGAAAGUUUAUGAGAGAAUUUCAUCUAGGGUAUGAAAAGAUUCAUGCUUGCCCUAACGAUUGUUGUUUGUUUAGAAAGGAUAAGGCAGAUCUUGAUAAAUGUCCAAGGUGUCAUGCUUCAAGGUGGAAGGUUGACAAACAUACCAAAAAAGCUAAAGUUGGUGUUCCUGCUAAAGUCUUGAGAUAUCUUCCGAUAAUUCCUAGGGUCAAGGCUAUGUUCAAGAGUGAAAAGAUGGCUCAUCAUCUAAGGUGGCAUUCCAAUAAUAAAAGGGAUGAUGGAAAAAUGCAUCACCCGGUUGACUCUCCAGCAUGGCAACUAGUGAAUGAGAAGUGGCCUACGUUUGCAAAUGAACCACGCAAUCUUAGACUUGGAUUGUCCAUAGAUGGAUUCAAUCUGUUUGGUAAUUUAAGCUCAACUUAUAGUUGUUGGCCAAUGAUGCUUGUGAUAUACAACUUGCCACCAUUUUUAUGCAUGAAAAAGGAAAACAUCAUGCUAACGUUAUUAAUCCCAGGGUCUAAACAACCUGGCAAUGAUAUUGACAUUUACCUACAACCUCUCAUAGAAGAUUUACAAGAGUUGGGGAACAAUGGAGUCAGCGUUUUUGAUUCAUUUGACAAGGAGGUUUUCAAUUUAAGGGCAAUUUUAAUGUGGACAAUAAAUGAUUUUCCAGCCUAUGGAAAUCUUAGUGGUUGCUAUACAAAAGGUAGAUUAGUGUGUCCGUUAUGUGUUGACAAUACUCAAGUAAUGUGGUUGCCCUUUAGUAGGAAGUUUGUCAUAGGAGAUUUCUAUCACCAAGUCAUCCCUUCCGAAUGA